UUUUCAUGUCCCUAACGGAAACAUCCAAGGGUUUAUUGAAGUAUGUAAAAACUCGUGACUGUCAGCUUCAUCUUUGCACCAUCAUCGAAAUAUGAAUCCUCCACAUUACGCUCUCAAGGUGAUUGUUUGUGUCCAUUUCAUCCUGAUGAUAUGGGGAGCACAGUGUGCACAGUUGAUGCCUGGAGUGUACUGGUUGAGUAAUACCUUCGUAUUACUGUUAGGAGUGUGGGGUAUAGCUUGUCCAGAUUCAUAUGAUGCAAUACUGAUGUAUAUUGUCCUACACUUGUUUACAAUAUUAGAAGAUAUUGUCUUGUUGGGGAUCUAUCAGCCAAACGCUGCUAAUGCCAUAGAAAAUUCCAACGUUUCUCAAGGUAUCAGAAAUGAAUACAGAUUUAGUUUGGGAAUGACAAUCACUAACUUGAUCCUGAAACCCUUCACUGCGUUCCUGAUGUGGAGAAUAUACCAGGAUAGAGGAGGUCGCUUCUCGGACUUUAAUUUCCCCAACAUGCCUCAAUUCGGAGGACCCCCACCAGGCCAGGGUAACUAUGAGAACAUAGACCAGCCAGUUCCUUCAAACAAUGUGGAAACUGCAUCAUCAGAUUUGGAAAAACCACAUCAGUAACUUACAGUGCACUGCUUCAUUUCAAGACUUCCAUCAUUCCAACUGACAAUGCCUUGAUGAGGUGUGUUAAUGGUUUUUAUUUUAACAUGUUUAGUGUGAUAUGAUACCGGAUAACAUUUUACAUCUUUAACCGUUUGUAAAUCUAUUGUGGUUUUCUUAUUUUAUAUGGGAGUAAUCAUUCCGAAUGACAUUCCUUUAUGCACAGUGUUAUUGUUAUGUAUGAUGAAAGCUUUGAGGGCAAACAUGGGUAAUAUUUUUCUACCUUCCAAGAUAAAGGUCAUGUUCAAGUGAUUGAAAAUUAGAAUACAUGUAAGGAACCACCCAUCUUUUUAAAUGGAGACAGAAGCAUUAUGCAAAGACUGAACAGAAUAAAAUGUAGUGAGUGAUAGCAUAUUACUUAAUAUCCUUAGCUUUAUAGAUUUAGUGUGAUUUCUGGUCAUUAUUGCAUAUCAAUCACAGGGGAACCAUAAUGUUAUCAACUGUAUAAUGAAUUUUUUACUUCUUUGCUUCAUAAGUCAAUCCUUGAAAUGUACUGGAAAAACUAGGGGGGGGGGGGGGGGGGGGGGGGGGGGCAGUUUAACCAAAAAAAAAAAUACUCAGUAAAAUUGCAAUAUGUAUCAUAAAACUUUUGAAAAAUUGUUUAAUGAUGAAGUCACUCAGGAGAUACUUUUUGAAUACUAUCUCUGAAUUUGCUAUUCCUUGUAAUACCUAUGUAUAUGUAUAUAUAACUAAAUCUCUUUUUACAGUAAAACACACUUAUAACAAACAUGCUGAUAUUGAAUUCAUGCUUAUUGUGAAGUGAUAUUUGUUCCCCUAUAAGAGGAAAAUACCAAAAAUAUUAUUGAAUAUAAUGAAGGUUUGGUUAUAACAAACUGUUUUUCACUGACCCUGGAGGUUUGCUAUAACUGUGUUUUACUGUAUAUUUCUCACUUUAUGAAUGUAUGAUUUUUACAUUUCAUGAGAAAGAUAUUCAACCCUUUUGAUACACUGUGAUUUUCUGCUCAGUGUUUAUGUAUAUUUAUAAAGCUGUUGGUAUUUUUAAGUUGUAUAUGUGCAUGUACUGAGCAAUUUGUUAUGGUGCAAUAUUGAUAUUUUUUGACAGUAAUUUGUGUGGUCUUUGUAGUGUAUAUAUAUUAAACACAAAAUUUUCCAAGAAAUUAUCUUCCAACAUUCCACUUCCAUGUAAUGUGGUCUUUUUGUUAGAUAUUCAUGAUAAUGUAAAAUUGUUUAAUGUUGUUUAUUCUUCAUUCCUGCAAAGAAAUCCUUCAAUAAAAAUACAUCUAUAGAAACAA